AUGUCCCCUGCCACCACCAUGAGCACAUUGCCAGCAGGCCAGGGAGGAGACACGUCCCCUGCCACCACCGUGAAGCCUGAGGUGGCCCCAGUGGCCAGCAAAGCCCCAGGGGAGGAAUGGGGACUCGGGGGCCGACCCCUCCCGGGCCCUUCUGCCACCUUCCUGGAGAAUGGAGGUAAAUUUCCAUGCGGCAGGGUGCACGGGAGCCAGGUCCCACGAAAAGCUCUGCUCGGUCCCACUCACCCCAAGAAGCCUUCUGGUCCCCGAGACAGAGACCUGGAGGAGGAGGGUGGGGCUGGGACAGGUGGGAGCAAGGCCGAGGGCCACGCCCGGCUGAGUGGGCGCCUGGGGUUCCAGCUGGGGUUCCAGCUGCUGAGGGUCCUUAAUCCCUUAUUGGCCCUCGGUGGCUCUGAAUGUUCGCAAAAUGGCCCCUUGAAGGAGUACGGCACAGACGUGGCUAGCUGUGACGGGGUCAGCCCUGCAAAGCUAGUCAUUAAAAUGUGUGCUGAAAACACGGAGAGCCGGGAGACACUUGAUUGGGUCAGACGGCUCCCAGAACGCACCGCUGACCAGGAGACCCUGCUACCCUUGAGGCCUGACCCCAGUCCUGCAGUGGACAGGGGGCACACAGAAGCCCUUCCCCUGGACAUUCACCAUUCAACUACACCCCCUGCCCCCUCCUUCUCCACACCACCACAUCGCUACAGCAACCCCCAUGUCCACACGGGUGUCCUGCUGACUCUUGGUCUCAACUGCAUCUCCAAAGACCUCCCUGGACAUCUUGAGAAACCUCAGCUCCACGGGGACCUCCACCCACCCACAGAACCCCAGCUCCACAGGGACCUCCACCUUCCACAGAACCCCAGCUCCACAGGGACCUCCACCCACAGAACCCCAGCUCCACAGGGACCUCCACCCAUCCACAGAAUCCCAGCUCCACAGGGACCUCCACCUUCCAUAGAAUUCCAGCUCCAUGGAGACCUCCACACACCCACAGAACCCCAGCUCCACGGGGACCUCCACCCAUCCACAGAACCCCAGUUCCACAGGGACCUCCACCCACAGAACAUCAGCUCCACAGGGACCUCCACCUUCCACAGAACCCCAGCUCCACAGGGACCUCCACCUUCCACAGAACCCCAGCUCCAUGGGGACCUCCAUCCACAGAACCCCAGCUCCACGGGGACCUCCACCUUCCACAGAACCCCAGCUCCACAGGGACCUCCACCUUCCACAGAACCCCAGCUCCAUGGGGACCGCCAUCCACAGAACCCCAGCUCCACGGGGACCUCCACCCACAAAACCCCAGUUCCACGGGGACCUCCACCUUCCACAGAACCCCAGCUCCACAGGGACCUCUACCCACCCACAGAACCCCAGCUCCACGGGGACCUCCACCCAUCCACAGAACCCCAGUUCCACAGGGACCUCCACCCACAGAACCCCAGCUCCACAGGGACCUCCACCUUCCACAGAACCCCAGCUCCACAGGGACCUCCACCUUCCACAGAACCCCAGCUCCAUGGGGACCUCCAUCCACAGAACCCCAGCUCCACGGGGACGUCCACCUUCCACAGAACCCCAGCUCCACAGGGACCUCCACCUUCCACAGAACCCCAGCUCCAUGGGGACCUCCAUCCACAGAACCCCAGCUCCACGGGGACCUCCACCUUCCACAGAACCCCAGCUCCACAGGGACCUCUACCCACCCACAGAACCCCAGCUCCACAGGGACCUCCACCCAUCCACAGAACCCCAGCUCCACGGGGACCUCCACCCAUCCACAGAACCCCAGCUCCUUGGGGACCUCCAUCUUCCACAGAACUCCAGCUCCACAGGGACCUCUACCCACAGAACCCCAGCUCCACGGGGACCUCCACCCACAGAACCCCAGCUCCACAGGGACCUCCACCUUCCACAGAACCCCAGCUCCACAGGGACCUCUACCCACAGAACCCCAGCUCCACGGGGACCUCCACCCACAGAACCCCAGCUCCAUGGGGACCUCCACCCACAGAACCCCAGCUCCACAGGGACCUCCACCCACAGAACCCCAGUUCCACGGGGACCUCCACCCAUCCACAGAACCCCAGCUCCACAGGGACCUCCACCCAUCCACAGAACCCCAGCUCCAUGGGGACCUCCACCCACAGAACCCCAGCUCCACGGGGACCUCCACCCAUCCACAGAACCCCAGCUCCACGGGGACCUCCACCCAUCCACAGAACCCCAGCUCCACGGGGCCCUCCACCCAUCCACAGAACCCCAGCUCCAUGGGGACCUCCACCCACAGAACCCCAGCUCCACAGGGACCGCCACCCAUCCACAGAACCCCAGCUCCACAGGGACCUCCACCUUCCACAGAACCCCAGCUCCACGGGGACCUCCACCCACAGAACCCCAGCUCCACGGGGACCUCCACCUUCCACAGAACCCCAGCUCCAUGGGGACCUCCAUCCACAGAACCCCAGCUCCACGGGGACCUCCACCUUCCACAGAACCCCAGCUCCACAGGGACCUCCACCUUCCACAGAACCCCAGCUCCAUGGGGACCUCCAUCCACAGAACCCCAGCUCCACGGGGACCUCCACCUUCCACAGAACCCCAGCUCCACAGGGACCUCUACCCACCCACAAAACCCCAGCUCCACAGGGACCUCCACCCAUCCACAGAACCCCAGCUCCACGGGGACCUCCACCCAUCCACAGAACCCCAGCUCCUUGGGGACCUCCAUCUUCCACAGAACUCCAGCUCCACAGGGACCUCUACCCACAGAACCCCAGCUCCACGGGGACCUCCACCCACAGAACCCCAGCUCCACAGGGACCUCCACCUUCCACAGAACCCCAGCUCCACAGGGACCUCUACCCACAGAACCCCAGCUCCACGGGGACCUCCACCCACAGAACCCCAGCUCCAUGGGGACCUCCACCCACAGAACUCCAGCUCCACAGGGACCUCCACCCACAGAACCCCAGUUCCACGGGGACCUCCACCCAUCCACAGAACCCCAGCUCCACAGGGACCUCCACCCAUCCACAGAACCCCAGCUCCAUGGGGACCUCCACCCACAGAACCCCAGCUCCACGGGGCCCUCCACCCAUCCACAGAACCCCAGCUCCAUGGGGACCUCCACCCACAGAACCCCAGCUCCACAGGGACCGCCACCCAUCCACAGAACCCCAGCUCCACAGGGACCUCCACCCAUCCACAGAACCCCAGCUCCAUGGGGACCUCCACCCACAGAACCCCAGCUCCACGGGGACCUCCACCCAUCCACAGAACCCCAGCUCCACGGGGACCUCCACCCACAGAACCCCAGCUCCACGGGGACCUCCACCUUCCACAGAACCCCAGCUCCACAGGGACCUCCACCUUCCACAGAACCCCAGCUCCAUGGAGACCUCCAUCUACAGAACCCCAGCUCCACGGGGACCUCCACCUUCCACAGAACCCUAG